AAUACCAUGGGGAUCCAUCUGCAACAGAAAUCAGAGAAAACACACAGAGAAUUCUACUUAAAGGAAACUCUGCUCAAGCGGCGGGCCGGGGGGACUACAUCUCCCGGCGCGCAUUGCUGCGCGCGGUGCGUGCUGGGAGUUGUAGUCGCGGCCCGGCGGCGCCCAGCUGACCGGAACGAGGGGCGGCCCCGUCGGGAUGGCGGCGGCGCGGGGCGGGCGCUGAGGCCGGGCAGGAGGAUGGCGGCGGCCGGGGCGCGGCCGGAGCUGCGUGUGCUCCUGGUGCCCCGCUCGGGGCAGCCGCGGGACGCGGCGCGGGCGCGGCUGAGCCGAGCCCGGCACGCCCUGGGCACCGUGCUGCCGGCCGGAGCCAUCCGCCUGGAGUCGCUGGGGCCGGGCGGGGCCGGGCGGGCCCGGGGCAGCGUCCUGCCGGGAGCCUGGGCCGACUUCGCGUGGGACAGCUCAGAAGAUGAUGGUUCACAAUCCAGCGAGACAAAGCUCCUGGCUCUUGCUCAAAGCCAUGACCUGUUUGUCUAUGAAUUCAGCGUAGAGGAUGGAAAACACAACCCGAGUUCCCUGCACAGUUGUGAGGCAGAGACACUUAAAAAGCUCCUUGAAGCCAAAAACAUAAGUCUGCCUUCAAUUUCCUCUGUGAAGAUUUUGUCUUUUGGAAACAACAAGUGCAAACUUCUGCUCAACCAGUCUGUCCUUGUGCACCUGACCUUUCCUGGGGAGGACUCACCCCCAGAGACCUGUGGCUGCUUCCCCCUGGCUCUGCCUCCAGGAGCUGUGGGCAGGAUUGCAGACUCCCAGUUCUGCAGGGGGAUCCUGUUCCUGUUGGACAGUGCUGGCUGGAUUUACAUAUUUGACUGCUGUGAUGGAGCCACCCUGGGGAAGGUGGCUGUAGCCCUGGGAGCUGCCCAGGGCCCUGUGUCCCCCCUGGCUGCCCUGGCAGUGUCCCCUGACCUCAGCACGGCCGUGGUGACCAGCAGCUGCCAGCGUGCCCUGGCUGUGCAGCUCAACACCUACUUCAGACAAUUCCCUGAACAUUUGCUCUGUAAGAGAGAUCCUGAAAAUCUUGCAGUGAAGCCUCCAGAGGGACUGGACGAGGAUGAGCUGGCCAGUUCUGAGCACAGCAUGGAGCUCCUGUCAGCACCUUUCCGCACAGACAGGUCCUGGAAGGCACACCUGUCCUCACUGUGGGACAGAGUGAGGGGAAGGAGAACACCAGGCUCUCCAGGUUUGGUGAACGACUUGAAUUUGCCUUGGUAUCAGUUCUUGACCCAUCUUGAAGAUCACGAUCCUGAAGUCUGUGAGGAUCCAGAGAGGAUGGUGGCCUUUGUCCCCCGGGCUGUGACGUGGGCAGCUUCCCCAGCCCUCCAAGGCCAGCCCGGGGCUGCAGGACAGCAGUGGGCACAAAUCCCCGUGGGAGCAGCCCAGGAGGUGGUGAAACUGGAGUGCAAACUGGUGACUGGAGCUAAGGCUGUGUUUGUGCUGCAGGCACAGGGCACGGGGCUGUCUCUGGCGCUCUGGGAUUUUGAGUCCCAGGACGUGAGGUGUUCCCACUUUGGCAGGAGCAGUGUCUACGUGGAGAGCAGUGCAGAGCUGCCACUGUGUCUGCUGCUGACAGAGCGUGGUCUGUCCCUGGUCCUGUUUGGGGUCACUCAGGAGGAGUUCCUGACCAGGCUGAUGAUGUUUGGCAGCGCUGCAGUGGUGGAUUCCCUGUGCCACCUCAAUGGGUGGGAGAGGUGCUCCAUUCCCAUCCAUGCCCUCGAGGCAGGCUUGGAGAAUCGCCAGCUGGACACAGUGGACUUGUUUUUAAAAAGCAAAGAAAGUGGUUUCAGUCUGUCUGCAGCCUGCCCUGGGCCUGAGCACCCUGGGGGUGCUGCCUCCCAGUCUUACCUGAGAAAUUUGGAGGAGCUCAGGCCAGCUCUAAACUUGCUCUGCUCAGCAAUCCAAGACAAUGACAUGGAGCCUCACAGCAAGCCCUUCUCUGAGCAGCUCCUGAACCUCACCCUGACUUUCCUCACCAGGCAGCUGGAGGAAAUCUUUGUGCACACAGAGGAACCUGACGAGUUCCUGCAGAAGGCUGCAGAUAUUUUAACUGAUUACAUCAUCAGACUGAGGAAAUUCCUGAGGAGAUACCCUCACCCAGUGGUGACCCCAGGGCCCACGGGAGCUGAGCUGGAUGAGGACCUGCCUGAGAUAGAAGAGAGCCAAAAAUGGGAAAAAAUGACACCAGAGGAAGUCAUUGCUGAGGCCAUCCUUAGCAACAAAAUCCCAGAGGCCCAGAUCUUCUUCAGAAGGCAGCAGCAUCCUGCUGAGAGCCUGCAGGAGUUCAUGCAGACAGGUUUGAGCCUGGUCUAUGACUGCCUGCUGAGGGGCAGCCCCAGGGAGGCCUCGGAGCUGCUGAGGAACAUGGGCUUGGACGUGAGGCAGGAGCUGCACAAGAUCUGCUUCCACACGCAGGACAGGCACGUCAGGGAGCUCCUGGUGAAAGUCUUACAAGAAGAAAAUUAUUUUUCUGAAAAAGAGAAGAAAAUUAUAGACUUUGUGCAUCAGGUUGAAAGAUUCUACUCUGAAUCCUUCCAGGAAAAGGAAGAGACUCAGCCUCUUUCCAGGUGCAGCCCCUGGAGGAGGCAGCAGGAGCUGGCGGGGCCGCGGGCAGUGCUGGGCUCCCAGCUGGGCUGGGGCAGCCCCCGUGCCCCCCGGCUCACGGUGACCCUCAGCUGGGCUCUCUGCUGGGAGCAGCUGCUGCAGGAGAUGCUGCUGCUGCCCUGGACACCACGGCAAGAACUCAGGACCUGCAGUGCUGAGGUGCUCUGGAUGCACCUGACAGCCCAGCAUGACUGGUUGAGCAUUUGUUCCUGGAUUGAGGAGUCAGAGCCCAGCCAGGCUCCAUGUGACAGAGCUGCCUGGCCCCCCCUGAGCCCUGACAUCGUGGACAGGAGCACUCUGUGCAGCCCCUACAUGAGACAGGACAUCCUCACCAAGCUGGCCAGAAAGGGGAUUUUUGUCCCUUCUGAGCUGGAAGAUUUUGAGCUGCUGCUCCAGAGGUUGUCUUGCCUGGGGGGAGUCCUGCAGAAUCCUCACCCUGUUCCAAAAUUCAGCACUGCCAGUGGCCUGGACUUCCAUGCUCAGUUUGUGCUCCACUGCCUGGAGCACAGCCUGCAGUACCUGCUCUACACUUACCUGGACUACUACAGUUUAACCCCUUCAAACUGCCCUGUCCUGGAUGACAAGGAGCUGCAGGAAGCACAUCCCUGGUUUGAGUUCCUGGUGCAGUGCAGAGGGGUUGCCAGCAAUCCCCGAGAUCCCAAGAUGGUUUUCCAGGCCAGUCUGGCCAACGCUCAGAUGCUGAUUCCCAGCAGCCAGGGGGGUGUGAGCAGCAUCCUGCUGGAGGGCAGGACCCUGCUGGCCCUGGCCACCACGGUCUAUGGGCCUGGGGGCAUUGACCAGGUCCUUCAGAAUGAAGACACAGAAAAACCUCUACAGAAAGUUGAUCCACAGCUCUUGAAGAUGGCCUUGACCCCUUACCCCAAGCUCAAGGCUGCUCUCUUUCCCUCCUGCACUGCUCAUGGGAUUUUGCCCCCUGACAUCUCUCUCUACCACCUUCUGCAGUCCUUAAUGCCCUUUGAUCCCACAAAAUUGUUUGGCUGGCAGUCAACAAACACUCUUGCUGUGUCAGUGGAGAAGUUAACAAAGCUGGCUGAUGGUGAAAAGGCAGCAGCAGCAGCACUUCUGACCUCCUUGGAAGAGGCCUUCUGGGAUGCCAUUGAGCAGCAAGGCAUAAAGAGGACAUCCAGUGACUCCAGAAGGCAGUGGGCCCUGGUCAUGCAGUUCUGCAAGCUGCAUGACCUGGAGCUGAGCACGUCCUUCCUGAGGGAAUGUGCCAAAUCCAACGAGUGGCUGCAGUUCCUGAUCCAGACCCAGCUCCACGGCCACCAGCCAGCCCAGGUCAUUCCCCUGCUGCAGGACUUCCCUGCCGCGGUGCAGGAUCACCUGCUGCUGGCCCUGGGGAGGCUGCUGGGCGCCGAGGCUGGCAGGGCCCGUGCAGGGAGCCUGUUCCAGAGCCUGCUGCAGUGCCAGGAGCAGCCCAGCCCCUGGGGGUUCCUGCUGGCCGAAGGGCUCCGGGCACACAGCCCCGUCCUCAGCGUGCUGGCAGCCUGCUGCCCCGGUGCCAGCCUCGUCUCCUGCCUCUGUGUUUGGAUCGUCACUUCUGUGGAUGGUGCCACCAGGGCUGAGGCCACGGCCCACAGCCAGGCAGAGAGCCCCCAGUGGGACCUGCAGGACCUUGCUGUCAUCUGGAAAGUCCUCUUGAGGAAGCAGAAGAGUAAAACACUUCUGAAUGGCUUCCAGCUCUUUUUAAAGGAUUCCCCUUUGCUGCACAUCCUGGAGAUUUAUGAGCUGUGCAUGAACUGUAAGAAGUACAACGAAGCUAAAACCAAGCUGGACAAAUUUCAGGAAAGCCUCACAAAUCUGGGGGCUGCAGGGGGAGCAGCCCCCGCGGUGCCGCUGCCGUGGCUGCGCUCGCAGGCGCUCUUCCUCCUGGAGCUGAUGCUGCAGCAGUGCCACACCGACUACGAGCUGGGCAGGCUCCUGCAGCUCCUUGCUGCAGCACAGAGCCUGCUGCUGGAUGGUCCCCACCUGAAGAGGCUCUGUGCCCUCAGUGAGGCCCUCAGGGACUCCUCCAUCUCCAUCAGCCGCUCCAUCCUGACCUCCCGCAGCCUGGAGGCGUUCCAGGCGGAGUGCAGCUCCAUUCUGGAGCAGCUGCAGGAGAAGGGAAUGUUCAGCCUGGCUCGGGAGGUGGCAGCGCUGGCUGAGCUGCCUGUGGACAGCGUGGUCACACACGAGCUUCUGAGAGAUCUGCAUCACUUAAGAGAGGCUGGGCAGUGGCACCAGAGCCAGACACGAGCUGACUUCUGGAAGAAGUGCAACGACACCUUCAGCAGACAUUCCAUCUGCAGCCGAGCCGCGGCGGGCUUCUUCCUGCGCCAGGCCGACAGCGCGUGGGACAGCUCCGGGCAGGAGAAGAGCAGCGGCCUGGCGGAGAGGCAGCUGCUGCUCACCCUGGCCGGGCGCUGGCUGGCCAAGGAGCCCGGCGUGGCCGCGCAGGAGCUGCAGGAGGUGGAGAAGCAGAUCUGGCUGUGCCGCGUGGCCGAGCGAGCGCUGCUGGCCGAGGGCGCGGCGCCGUGCCCCGGAGCGCUGCGCUUCGGCACGCUGGCCCGGCGGCUGUCCUUCGCCAGGCUGCCGGCCCGAGGCGUGGGCGCGCUGCUCGGGGCCCUGCUGGACGAGGGCAGCGUGCUCGAGGCCGCCCGCGUGUGCGGCUACUUCCAGCUGCGGCACAGGGACGUGGCGCUGGUGCUGCUCUGCAGAGCCCUGGCCCUGGGCGAGGCCGGGCCGCAGCAGCCCGAGGUGCGGGCCCUGCUGAGCGAGGCCGGCGCAGCCCCCGGCGCAGCCAGCCUGGAGGACUGGACCCCUCUGGGGGGUGGGGACGAUGCCGUGGUGGCAGCACUGAAGGCCCUGGCAGAGGGAUGUGUCCAUGGCAGGGGCUACUGCAGGCAGGUGCUGUGCCUCUACGAGCUCUCCAAGGACCUGAGCUGCUCCUUCGGGGAGGUGGCGGCGCGGGAGCCGCGGGAGGUGCUCGGGGCCAUCCUGGCGCGGCGGGGCCCGGAGCGCGGCCGCAGGGCCCAGGCCUUCAUCGCCUGCCAGGGGCUGCCCCCGGCCACCGUGGCACCGCUGCUGGCACAGCAGAUCACCCAGGAGCUGCUGGCCUCGGCCCAGGGAAAAGGGCAGAAGCAGGCUUGGAACCCUGCAGUGGAGAGCCAGGAGCUGCUGCAGCUUGCCAAGCUGUGCCAGGAUCACACCUUGGUUGGGAUGAAGCUGCUGGAUAAAAUCUCCUCUGUGCCCCGUGGGGAGCUGUCGUGCAUUACAGAGCUGCUGAUCCUGGCCCACAGCUGCUUCAGCCUGACGUGCCACAUGGAGGGGAUCACGCGAGUGCUGCAGGCGGCUCGGCUGCUCACCGAGGAGCACCUGGCUCCCAGGGAGGAGUACGGGCUGGUGGUGCGCCUGCUGACGGGCAUUGGCAGGUACAAUGAGAUGACCUACAUCUUCGAGCUGCUGCACCAGAAGCACUACUUCGAGGUGCUCAUGAGGAAGAAGCUGGACCCGAGCGGGACGCUGAAGGCGGCGCUGCUGGACUACACCAAGCGCUGCCGGCCCGGCGACAGCGAGAAGCACAACAUGAUCGCGCUGUGCUUCAGCAUGUGCAGGGAGAUCGGCCAGAACCACGAGGCUGCCGCCUCCACCCAGCUCAAACUCAUCGACUGCCGGCCCUGGGAGGAGUCUCUUCAGGAUGUUCCAAAUUUAAAGAAGCUGCUGCUGAAAGCUGUGACCCUCUUCAUUGAUGCAGCAGAAAGUUACUCCAAGGACUCGUGUGUGCGGCAGGCGCUGCGCUGCCGCCGCCAGACGCGGCUCAUCACGCUCCAGCUGCACUUCCUGGGCUCGGGGCAGAGCACCAGGGUCAUCAACCUGGGCAGGCAGGACCUGCCAGGAGCCAUCCUGGCCUUGCCCAGGUACUACCAGGCAGCCAUCGUGGCCGAGGCCUACGAGUUCCUGCCGGACUGGGCUGAGGUUCUGUUCCAGCAGGUGAUCACCAGGGGGGACUUUGUGUACCUGGAGGAGUUCCGGCAGCAGCGCCCGCUGCAGCCCGGCCUGUUCCAGGAGGUGGCCAAGAGGGUCAAACAGCACCCCCCUGCUGAUGCUGCCCUGAGGAACCUGAAGCGGUUCCUCACCCACUGCGAGGACAUCUACACCUGCUACAGGCUGGCCUACGACCACAAGUUCUAUGACGUGGUGAACUCCCUGCUCAAGGACCCUCAGACUGGCUGCUGCCUCAACGACCUCUUAUCCAACUGAAUUGCAGCUGAACUCCAGCCCGGAGCACAGGCUGCAGGGUCACUGCUCAUUUACACACAUUUUAUCAAUGGCCUGCUCACAGGGCUCUGCUGCUCUGUGAAAAUUACUCCAGAAAACUGCACAAGGUUGUAAGUAGUUAAAUGCUGACCGUGUUAACCUGAAAUUGUGAUUUGUAUAAUAAAUCUUAUUGUUUAUAAAUUACUCGAGUCACCAGCAAACACUGACUGGCCCAGGUGGGGGGUGAAGCAGAGACCCAGCAGCCCUUUAAAUGAGGGGCAUGGGGGAGGGAGCAGCCCAGGAAUUGUACCCAAAGAGGCUGGAACAGGUUUGCAGAAUGUCCAGCAAAGGGGUGCAAUAAGCAGAAUCAGUGCACGUUUCAGGUACCCAACAGAAUAAUGUCUUCUUUGAGUCCAGCAUGAUUUCUGAAAUCUUGUACGGCCUUAAACAGCCCAUUCCUAAUUAUGCUGUCUUGGAGUAAAAGAAAUAAUCAAGUGCAAGUGUAUUUUUACAAUUAUUAAAUACAAAUUCCUUUCCAGGCCCAGGCCAUGGGCACACUCCCAGCACAGCUCAGCUUUGCAUCUCUCCCUCUUCAGGUAUUUCUCCUGUCAGGCCCCAAAAGAACUCUGCUCCAAGGCCAGCCUGGCGAAGUCCUCAAUAGUGAUUUUUAUUAAAUUAGUUGCUUUAUAAAACAUUGCAGAUGUUGUAAUUGUUAACAUAACAAUUUGCCCAACUGUAGGAACUGCUGCAGUUUGCUAAGCAAGUUUGGUUUUUAAUGAAAGAAAACGGCCGAGUCGUGAGAGACCCACCACAACCCAGGAGAGCCCCAGGGAAGUUGUGUGGCUUGGUUUUUUCUUUUACACUUAACCCCUUAAUUAACUGUUAAAGAACACCCAACCCAGACAGCUGCAUUAGUAGAAAUUUAAAUGAAUGGAACUAAAUAAACUUCAUCCUUGAGACACGA